AUGGCUCGUUUCUUCAAAGCCUCACACCCCAUUUUCCUAUGCUUCAUUCUUCUCUGUUGCUUCCAUGUUUCCCUCAUCAAUUGCUCUGAGUUUGAAGUUGGUGGACAUGAUGGUUGGGUUGUCCCCAAAUCAAAGGACAAUGAAGACAUCUACAACCAAUGGGCAUCACAGAACAGAUUCAAAGUUAAUGAUACUGUUCGUUUCAAGUAUGAGAAAGACUCUGUUUUGGUGGUGAGUGAAGAAGAGUAUGAAAGGUGCAAAUCCUCUCGUCCACUGUUUUUCUCCAACAAUGGUGACACUGUCUUCAAAUUUGACCGGCCAGGCACCUUCUUCUUCAUUAGUGGGGUUAGUGGUCACUGCACCAGAGGGCAGAAGCUGAUAAUCAAGGUUUUGAAUGUGGAGGAGCCAGCAGCACCAUCACCCCAAUCUGCAGAUGACACUGCCCAAACACCAAGGGCUAAAAGUGGAGUUGCUGAAAUGAGUCCUCCGAGUUUCACAACAUGGACAUUUUUUGUUGUGUCACUCUUUGGCCUGGUAUAUGCUUGA